AUGAGACUUUUGCUGAGGCUUGGGAGAGGUUCAAAGGGCUACACAAGUCAGUGCCCACAUCAUGGAUUCAACAAUGAAUCACUACUCUCCACUCUUUAUAGAGCAAACUCAAAUGGAAGCUAUGGAGAAGAGUAUGAUCGCACCAAUCGGAGCUCGACCCACCACUCGAUCGAGUCAGACGAGAAGUUGAGAAAAGAUGUUAAGGCAUUGAAUGAGAAGUUGGAUAAGCUGGUCUUAGCUCAGUCCACUAUGAAGAAGGUCAACUUUGUGUCUGCUGAAGAGAUGGAACCAGUCCAAGAAGGGGAGGAUACACAAUUUGCUGAGGUGUGUUACAUGAGCAAUGGGCAAGGAGGCUACAACAAAGGAUACUAUAAUUACAAGUCCAACCCUGCCAUGUCAUACGAAACACUGAUGUUGCUAACCCUCAGGACCAAGUCUAUCCUCAACAACAAGCAGCUCGAUCGAGUCAAGCGCCACAACAUGGGGCAAGCUGAUGGGGUAGUGGACACAAGCAAGAAGCUAGCUGAAAUAAACUCCAAGAUCGAGAAUCUCAACACAAGAGUUUACUCUCUGGAGAAUCAUGCUUCUUCUGUUGCUGCUGCUACAAAGCAAGGACAACUACCUGGUAAAGCUAUUCAGAACCCCAAGGAACAGUGCAAGGUCAUCUUCACUCAAGAAGGACUUGUUGAAAAAGAGGAUGAAGAGAGGGUCAUUGAAGAUUUUUGUUUACUGCUGAAUAAUCGCGGGAUCAGGUCUUCCCCUUUCCUAUCCCUGAUUCUGCAAGUGCACAGGUCAGAAGUAGUAAACGGGUAUCGAACACAAGGACCAGAUUGCACACUACAAGUUAUGAGUUUGAGAACAAGCUAG